AGUGCGACGUCGGCUGGCUAACCAGACGCUUGGCUCCAAAAUUUGGAAAGGGGGCAGAGGUGAAUAGCGAUAUAUUUCGAUACGAAUUCUGGACUGGCGUAACGGUCUUUUGAAUAAUUGAAGCAGUGCGUGGCGAACUCGAUACAAAUUGAUUGCUCAUACGCCGCGUGGCCCGUCCCGGCACAAAGGAAAGGAAAAUAGAAAUUGUUGCAUGCUCCCGGGCGCAAUUGUUGAUUGAUAUUUGUUGGUGCAGUGAGUGUGUGUGAGUGCGAUUUGUGUGCGAUUCAAAUUCAAAUGCUUUUUGAUUAAAGCUCGCGCGUGAAUAGUUUCCCAUGCAAUCGGAAAAAUCUCUUGUGCCGCCCAAGUUCGCUAAUUGCUCAAUGGCGUUAGCAUUGUUCUGGCUCUUCAAUUUGCAGGUCACUCUGCGCUGCUGAACAAUUGAAUUCCGCUUAAGUAUUCAAGCGAACCGCUCACCGCGAACGUCAAAAGCUCACUGAGCAGCUCUUUUCGCCCAGCGGCGCUUCAGGCGUUCGUAUUCGGAAUAAAAACAAACAAAGAAAUAACUCGAAAACGCCGAGAAAAUAUAGCAAAAAAUCGAAAAAACAAGUUAGGAGGUGUUUUGGGCUUGACACAAGGCAAGGCAUGCAGCACUGCGAAACGGAGGGGAAUAAACUGGCACAACAACUUUAAAAGUACAAGCGACCGGGGGAAGCAGGCGUCCAUGGAGUGCAUAGACCAGGAACAAUGGUAAAUGCCACGUCAGCGACAUCAGCAGCAGCAGCAACAACAGCAACAGUAGCGGCAACAUCAUCAGCAAAAGCAAAAGCAGCAAAAACGAGUCAACGACAGCUUAAAACAUAAUACGCCAGCUGAAGGCAACAAGCGGAUAGAAAGACAGCCGACCAACAGAACGACAGACAGACAGACAUCCAGGGGACAAAGAUAUAGGGGCGAUAUAGGGUGGUAUAUGGGCAGAAUAAAGCGGCAUUGCGAGUGAUGAGAAAUCGCUGUUGCAAUUAGUAAGCCAAAGGGCUGGGCGAGCCAUGAAUCACGAGCUGUGCUGCCAGCGGAAACGGAAAUGCUCGCUGCAAACGGAAGCGAAAACGGAAGCCGAGGAGCAGCAGGUGGCCACUAAAUGCCAUUGAACACUGAGCGAUCAUGUCCGACGUUGAGCAGGCGAUUAAGGCCAAGCAACCGCAGCCGUCUCAGUUGGACUGCUCCAUUGACGAUGAGACGGAUGCCACCGAAUUCGGAGGCCUGGGCGGAGUGGGUGGUGCGGGUUGUGGAUCGGAGAUGGGUGCCAAGACCACCGCUUCGCUGACCGCCAAGCCGCGCAGCAGUCUCCGGCGCUGCUGCGGUCACUUGCUCAAGCUGCUCUUCUCCACGCCCGGCCUGGUGCUCCUGGUCAUCGGCUACUCCGUGCUGGGCGGGCUCCUCUUCCCGCUGCUGGAGGCGCCGCAGGACAUCAGCAAGUCGGCUGCCAUUGCCAAGAGCCGGGAGGACUGCUUGCGCGAACUCUGGAUCAUUACAGAGAAACUCAACGUUCUGUACGAACGCAACUGGACGAUGUUGGUCCACGAGCAGCUGCGUCGCUUCGAGGGCUCCAUUGUGGCGGCCACGCGCCAAGGAUCUGCUGGCUCCUCCGGCGGAGGAGGAGCAGGACUCUUCCACGAGGGCAGUGCGAGUGCCCUGGGCCACUUUGGCUACGAUGCCGGCGACUCGCAGAGCUGGUCAUUCAGCGAAGCUCUGCUCUACUCGGUCACUGUGAUAACGACAAUUGGUCACGGCAGCCUGACGCCGCGCACCGCCGCCGGGAAGCUGGCGACCAUCUUCUACGCCCUGGUGGGCGUGCCCCUCAUGCUGAUGUGCCUGUCCAGCUUGGGAGCCCUGCUCGCCGAUGGCCUGCAGUGCACCUACGUGCGACUGUGCUGCCAGCUGCAGAGGCACCAGGAGCACAGAAGAAAGUCCACACCAGGCACAUCGACGCCAUCUGCCAGCAGUGCGGCCAACUCGAGGGAAAAGGACACGGACAAGAGGUCCAAGCGGCGAAUGGCCAAUUGCAAGGGCUGCCAGUACGAUGCGGCUAACAGUGAGACGAGCUUAAAUGACUGCUUGGAGUAUGGCCAAAAGGGAAAGCUGCCGCCAGACAAAAAGGAAGGAGAUGCCUGUCAAUUGUUGCGCAACUUGAAUCCGCAGCAGCACUUCUACCAGCAGCAGCAGCAGCAGCCGCAGCAGCCGGAUGUCAUGCUAAUGACAACGACAUCGGGCAGUGCGCUGCUGAAAUACGCACCGCAACAGCAACAACUGCAGCAGCAGCAGCAAUUAUCGACAGCAACACUCCCGCGACAACAUCAUCAGAUGCAGCUGCAGCAGCAGCAGCAGCAACUGCAACAGAACUUCGUGGCUGUGCCCAGCAGCAUGCUGCGAAUGCCGCUCACAGUGCCGCCAAAUUGUUAUGCGCCCGCGACAGCAACGAUCUACUUUCCGUUCGGCCACGCCCCCUCCGCCCCGGGCAGUCCCGCCCACAACCAAGCCCACCCAACCCAGAAUCCGAAUGGCAAUGCACUGGGAAACACUACCCUCGGUUCCCAGCCGCUGGUCAAGUACCACACGAUACACUUGCAACCCGCAUCCGGGAAGCAUCGAGUGUUGGCUUCUGGACUUCAGGAUGCAACAGCCGUGAAUCUCGUGACAGCAUCCGAGGCAUCCACUUCCACCCUGGAGGCCAUCACUUUGCCACCGCCUCCGGCCUACCAAACAGCCAGCGUGCACGCUGUGCGGCGGGCCAAGUUCGUGGCGAAGCCAUUGCCACAAGAGAUCAACGCACUGAUGGACUGCGGAACGGGAUCGCCAGACUUAUCCGGCAGACAUGAUUUAUUGCCGCCACCCCAUUCGGGGUCACCAGCAACAGGCACCGCCGCAAGUCCUUUGUUGACCUACACAGCCGCAGCAACAAGCCCACAGCUGUCAGCUGGAAUUAAAGGCGGAUCAGGACCAGCACCCACGGCUGGAGCACCAAUGCUUGUCAGCGGAGCCGGCAGAGGGGCAGCCGCUCUGACCGAUAACGGUUUUAUGGCCGCAGGUGUCUGUGGCAUGGGUGCUGCUGCUGCACCCCUUCCAGUAACAUCAAUGGGUGCAGCCACUACAACAGCCUCCUCGGCAGCAUCCACAUUGUCGGCUCUUCUAAGCGCCAACUCCACGGGCAACGUGGACAUCAUGGAGGACGAGGAUGAGCAGGAACGGGAGCGUUUGAGCAACUGUCCGCACGGAACGCCGUCCCGAGUGCCGCUGAUAGCGAGUCCUUUGAGUGUGCCGCAGGACUCGGGCGAGAAUACCACCCGCAACACCGCCUUCAACCGCCACACACUGCAGCCGCUGAGCCGCAAGACGCUGCUGCUGACUCGCCGUUGCCACAGACACGCCUCUGGAACGCUGUACGACAGUACGGCGAACAACACGGAGACCUCCGACGACGAGGAGUACAUGCAACACGGCAGCGAGCAGUUUGUGCUGAAGAAGUUGCGCUACCACUGCGACGGCAAGGACUGCCGCGAGGCGGAGGACUCCGAGGAGGAGGACGAGAAGGCGGACGGUCGGCAGGUGCCCAUCAGCCUGGUGCUGCUCAUCCUGGCCAGCUACAUCUGCGUGGGCACCGUGAUCUUCGCUCUGUGGGAGAACUGGUCGCUGGUGGACGGAGCGUACUUCUGUUUUGUUACCCUGUCGACCAUUGGAUACGGUGAUUUUGUGCCCGCGCGGAGCUUUAACGGGCCUGAGUUGCAGCUAUACGCCUGCUGCGCUUACUUGCUUCUGGGACUCGUCCUGGUUGCGAUGUCCUUCAGCAUCCUGGAAACGCAGCUCAUGUGGAAGUGCAAACGCAUUGCCGUGCGACUGAAGCUGGCCCGCGCGGAUGGAUAAUGUGCUCAUCCUAAUCCUCCUCUCCCAACCAUCUGCAAUCUUCAAUCUGCAAUCCGAAUGCUUGAAUCAUAGGCUAAGUGAACUGUGUAAUUAACCCAAACUAGCCCAUCUCUGUGUACAUUUGUCUGCCUAUCGAAAUAGUGAGAACUCGUAUGUUGUCUGGAAUUCAAAUGAAUUUGUGUAAAUAAACGGAAUUUUUGG